AUGAAUUUGAUAAAUAUUGUAGUUAUUUURCGUUACUGGUUAUAUGAUAAGAUAGGUGCAAUUCAAACUGAUCACUCUAAAAAAAUUGAUGAAAAAGUUUUUGUUAAUGAUCUUAUUGAAGCAUGGAAAAAAACUACUAUAUAUAAAUUAAGAAUAACUUGUGAUGCACCAAAUAUAAAAGAUGUUAACGUAAACGAUUUAAAAUAUAGAAAACUUUCGUAUAUUUAUUUAAAAAAUCAUGAUGUCAUUGAAAAAGGGAUAAAGUCCAUAGAAAAAAGUAAGUGUGAUACGUAUAUGAAAUAUCUUAAUAAUAUUAAUUUAUUGUAUAAAAACCAUAAGACACAGUGUAGGACUGGAAUUUUUGGGGGAGCUUUUGGUCCCAGUUACGCUGAUUGUUCUUCAUCGUCUUCUUCUAAAUAUGACCCAAGUAAACUCAUAAUUGCAUUAAACGGAUGUAAAGAUAAAGCAUCUAGGGAGAGCGGAGGAUCAGGUUUAGGAUCAUGGUUAUUUGGAUGGGGUUCAUCACGUGAAUCCUCUUCGAGAGGUAAGGAUAGCCCUGCUCCAGGGAACACAAAAACUAUCGAUGCAGCGGGGGAGAAAGGACAAGGAGCUUCAAAAAGUUUAGCARGAUCAAAAGAUUCACCAGGUUUAACGCGCUCAACAACUGCAGUGGGUCAAGUAAGUCCAGGAGAUUCUGGAUGUCCAGUAGUUGCAAAGGMAGCGAGUGGAGGAGCAGUAAGUAGAGCAUCAGAAAGUGGGCCGGUAGCCCCUGUGAAGCUUGGAACAUCUUUGAGUCUCCAGACAAGAGGGAUCCCUGGGAACGGUGUUCUUACUGUGCCAUCAUAUACUUCAGAAAUUAAAAGUGAUCCAGCACCUGUUGCUGUUGCUAAUUCUCCUAGUAAUUCGGAAAGUGAAUCUGAUAAGAUGGGCUCAAAUUUUAUUCGUAACAUCAUAAUGGGCACUGCAAUACUUGGAACGAUAUUCUUCCUUUUCUAUUACAACCUGUCUUCAAGAUUAAAGUCAAAUUUUCCCAAAAGAAAAAGAAAGAAAAAAAUAUUCGAGCAUAAUUAUUAUGAAGAGUAUGAAAGAGAGUAUGAGAAGUAUGAUUCAGAAGAUAGGUCAUUAGCUUCUGAAGACGAUMGAUACUAUUUGAAUUAUCAACCUGAASGAGAYUAYRAUUACUAA